UUGAAUCAUAGGUGUUAGGCUUUUACUGGAUUGCGCGAAAGCUCUUGUUUUGUUCUAUAGCGCGCGACUAAGGUUUGUCAUCUCGUUCCUUCAUUCGCUUGGGAGUUUUGUUUGGGGCAAAAGGUCUUUCCUUUGCUCUUCGUCGCCCAUUGUUUUUACGCUCAAGUGUCAUCCUACCCUCUGUUUAUCUGGAAUCUAAUCAUUCUUCUCAGAAACAGUUCAGAUCCAAUUCCAAAAAGCUAUCUUGCAGAAGUAGCGCGUUAGGGUUUUAGGUGAUUACAAGACGAGUUAAAUUAAUGGUAGCUGAAGCUUGGAGUUGGGAGGAGGAGAAGGCGUUUGAGAACGCCGUGGCUAUCUACUGUGAAACUUGCAGUGAUUGGUUGGAGAAGAUUGCUUCUGCUGUGCCUGGAAAGACCUUGGAGGAGGUCAAAGCCCACCAUGAGAUUCUAGUUGAAGAUGUUGCUAGUAUAGAAGCAGGCCGGGUGCCUCUGCCUAAUUAUGCUUCUUCUUCUGCUGCUGUUGCUGCAGCUGCUAAUGCUGAGGACUCAACUGAUGUUGGAGAACAUGGGAAGAAAGGUGGGGCUUCUCAUGGCGAUUCAGCUAAAAAAGGAAAAGGGUCAUUAUUUGACCUUGAACGGCGCAAGGGAAUUGCUUGGACUGAGGAAGAACACAGGCUAUUCCUUCUUGGGCUGGAGAAAUAUGGUAAAGGAGACUGGAGAAGCAUAUCAAGAAACUUUGUCAUCUCCAGAACACCCACUCAGGUGGCAAGUCAUGCACAAAAGUACUUCAUUCGCCAGAAUUCGAUGAACAAGGAUAGAAGGCGCUCGAGCAUUCAUGACAUUACACGUGUAAAUGACGGCGAUGCUGCAUCGCCUCAAGGACCAAUCUCUGGCCAAGGAAACAGUGCAGCAGUUAGUGCCGGUAAUGCCAGCAGGCAGUCUUCUCACACUCCAUCUGCUCCUGGUAUUAGCAUCUAUGGUGCUACCAUUGGGCAGCCCGUUGGUGCGCCGCCCCUCAUGCCCACAAUUGGCACUCCUGUCGCCGGACCGCACGUAGCUUAUGGACUUCGACCACCCAUGGUCCCCGGAGUUGUCGUCUCCGGUGCUCCAGUUAGUUUCUCACCUAUGGCUUACCAAAUCUCCAAUGCAUCAUCGCAGAGAUGAAGAGAAGCUCUUUGCCAUGUCAAAUUCAAAUGAAAUUGGUAAAAGAUUCUCUUGGUAUGAAUAUUUUGUCAGCUUACAGCAUUGUGCCUAAAUAAUGCAUUAGACUCCAUUUAUAAUGUGUUCUCAUUUCAUUGAGUUGAUUUUACUGCUACUAAGGUUUCGUUUGGGACGAUUUUUUUACUGCUUCUUAAAACAACUUUUUAAUGCAACUUUUUGUACUUGAAAGCUGUUUUAAGAAGUAAUGAAAAAGCAGUUCCAAAGGAAGCCUAAGAAUCAUAAAUUGUGGAAGUAGCUUGUGGAGUAACAUAAACUAUGCAGAAUUUGUUGUAAUUAUUUGAAGUUUACUCAUCAUACUCAUUAGCCUUAUUCAAUUAUUUGUGAUCAGCUUUAACAAUCCUUAUUGAAAUUGUUUGUUAACUAUUCAA